AGGCUUUACUGAGGUUAACAUUCCUAGUCGGACAUCCAAACACCCUAGGCAUCUGCUUCUCUGCAGACAAAUGGCGAGCUCUCUCCGUCGUAUCGGAAGCCAUUCAAGUAACGCGCAUCGGUUUGUUCUUCCUCAAUUAAUCAGUCGAUUCUCUACAGAUGCCUUGUCUGUUGAGUAUAAAGCUGGAGAAAUCGGCACUGUUUCCGGUAUUCCGGAUGAACAUCUUCAACGGAGGGUUCUGAUCUAUUCACCUGCUCGAACAGCUUCACAGCAAGGAGCUGGAAAAGUUGGCAAGUGGAAGAUUAAUUUUAUGUCGACACAGAAAUGGGAGAAUCCAUUGAUGGGUUGGACAUCAACAGGGGAUCCUUAUGCCAAUGUCGGUGAUUCUGCACUCAGUUUUAGUAGUGAAGCAGAUGCAAAAGCAUUUGCAGAAAGACAUGGUUGGGAUUACACUGUCAAGAAGUACCAAUCACCUCUAUUGAAGGCAAAGGCAUAUUCAGACAACUUCAAAUGGAAAGGGCUUCCAAAAACACCUGAGAACUAAAGUGGCUUUACAAUUACAACACUUGUUCAGGUUCUUUCAAUUGCAAUUUGUAUGUUUGGUUUCAUGGAUUACAAUAAAUCAGUCUGUUUGAUGCACUUACCCUCAUUUCUCCUUAUUCUGUAUGUUUAAGUGUUUAACAAUUCUACAAAAACAUUUAUGCUCAUGGAAUCUGAUUAAGAACAUUUGAUUUA